CGCAAACCCAAAUCCCCGUGUGUCCGGGUCCCGUCCCAACGGUCAUUUCCGUCCAACCCAAACCCAAGUCCUCACCCCAAGAUUUUCAAAAUUCCCGAGCCACAGCGGCACAGCGCAGAGAAGCGACGAAUCUCCUACGAAUCCCCAAUCCUCCAGUCGAUCUGAUCCCCCAAACCCACAGCUCUCAUCGUCGCCGACGGCGGGCACACCAUGCGGAGCGACGAUGCAGGCGGCGGCGGGUUCCACGAGCUGUUCGACUCCGUGCGCCGCUCCAUCUCCUUCCGCACGGGCGCCGCCGCCCUUGACGAGCCCGCCGCCUCCCUCUCCUCCUCCUCUGCCUCCGCGGGCGGUGCUGGGGGCUUCAGGGAGCGGAUCAGCAACCGCCUCCGCAGGUCCCGGGGGAUGGGGUUGCUCGGCAUGGCGGCCAAGGGCCCCUCGCCCACGCGCCGCCUCCUGCCGCAGCCGCCCCCGCCCUUGGCCGGGGUCUUGGCCUCCGACGGAUGUGGUAGGGUAGGGGGGCAAGGAACUGGCGGAGGCGAAGAGAACCCGCCGAUCCGGUGGCGGAAAGGCGACCUCAUCGGGAGUGGGGCGUUCGGGCAGGUGUACCUCGGCAUGGACCUCGACUCCGGCGAGCUCCUCGCUGUCAAGCAGGUUCUGAUUGGAAGCAGCAACGCGACAAGAGAGAAGGCCCAGGCACAUGUAACGGAGCUCGAGGACGAAGUGAAGAUGCUUAAGAACCUCUCCCACCCUAAUAUUGUUAGGUAUAUUGGGACGGCGCGGGAGGAAAACACGCUAAAUAUUCUGCUGGAAUUUGUUCCUGGAGGCUCGAUCCAGUCACUACUUGGGAGGCUUGGAUCGUUCCCAGAGGCUGUCAUCAGGAAAUAUACUAAACAGCUUUUACAUGGACUGGAAUAUUUGCAUCGCAAUGGAAUCAUACACAGGGAUAUAAAGGGCGCAAAUAUACUUGUUGAUAACAAAGGUUGCAUUAAGCUAGCAGAUUUUGGGGCAUCUAAGCAAGUAGAAAAGUUGGCAACUGCAACUGCUGCCAAGACGAUGAAAGGUACCCCAUAUUGGAUGGCACCAGAAGUCAUUGUUGGAAGCGGUCACAAUUGUUCUGCUGAUAUCUGGAGUGUUGGUUGCACGGUAAUUGAAAUGGCAAUAGGCAAACCCCCAUGGAGCCACGAAUAUCAAGAGGUUUCUCUACUUUAUUAUGUUGGGACGACAAAAUCACACCCACCUAUACCAGAACAUCUCUCCACAGAAGCCAAGGAUUUUCUGUUAAAAUGCUUACAGAAGGAACCAGAAAUGAGAUCUGUUGCAUCAGACUUGUUGCAGCACCCAUUUGUUACACGAGUAUUGGAAGAUUUUUGUCAGCUUAAUCAUGCUGGACCCAAGGAAACCUCCAAAAAUGAGCUUCCUUCCUAUGUAGUGCCUACUGUUGACUCGGACUUGAGUCGCCCUGGCAAGCUACGCAAUCUGAAUUCUUACAAGUUAUCAGACACCAGACCAUUAUGGGAUCAGCGAUGUAAUGAUGAUGAUAUUUGUGAGUUUGCUGACGAAGAUAAUGUCCCAAUGAGCUUCAAUCCUAUGUCUGAACCAUCUGAUGAAUGGGAAAACAAACUUGACAUAAGCCCAGAACAACAAUUUAGUCAGUCAAGGGAGUUUGGUGGAUUAGCCAAACUUGCAGAAAGUCAGAUGUCUGAAAACGAUUUUACUUUCCCUUGUGAGGGAAGCUGUGAAGAGGAUGAUGAAUUUACAGAAUCAAAAAUAAAGGAAUUUCUGGAUGAAAAGGCCACAGAUCUAAAGAAACUACAAACACCUUUAUAUGAGUUUUACAACACAGUGAAUGCUGGAGUUUCUCAAGGAGUUAGUGAUGUUUGCCGAGCAAACAAUGUAACUAAUCCCCAGUUACCCCCUCGAGCAACUAAGAUGGUGGGAGGUGCAGCUUUAGAGCCCAUUUGUGUUAAUCUGAAAAAUGUCAAUCCCAAGAGUUGCACAAGGCGCUUCUCAAGAGGCAGCGUGGAGAGCAAUCAUGUCUUGAGAGAAAUAGCUUCACCUGAACUCAACAUACUCGAGGACAAGGUCCAUGAUGAUAGUGAAGAUAGUCCAAGCUUGAGCUUUUCGGAAAUACAGAGGAAGUGGAAGGAAGAGUUGGACCAGGAACUUAAAAGAGAGCGAGAAAUGAGGUCGGGUGGCUAUGGUAAAGCACCAUCACCGUCCUCAACGAGCCGGAGAUUGACUGGAAAACGAGAUCGCAGUCCUGUGUAUUGAGUAGAGAAUCAGAAUACAACACAGCAGGACUCGUAUAUUUGACUAACCGCACAGUGUCAUCGAUUGGUGGCCAUUGCUAGUACAGUGCAGUGCCAACCUUCGUAUGACCUGACAGAACCUACUUGACGACCAAAUCCUUUUGGUCCUUGUAAGGUAAAUUAGGUUGAGCGAGCCACUUGUAAGCGCACUGUGCAUCGGAGGCUAUCAUGAUCUGCGAUGCCUGCCUUCGCAGCCCUUUAUUGCCAGCAUGAAAUCAUUGGGGUGGCGAUUUUUAUGCAAUGUUCAAGCUUCAUGCAAUUUUGGAUGACAAUAGGUGCAUGUUGUACAAUUGUCUUCUCUUUAUUUUUCAAAUGUUUGUAAGUUUACCUGAUGACCGAGAAUCCAUAAUUCGUUGAACCAAAAGUAUGGAAGUGUUCGUCUCGACGGAUAA